AUGGGGUUGACCCUGUGCGUUGCUCUCCUCCCCCAGGCAGCGUCCCCGUCUUCGCCAGCAGCGCUGUUCCUUGGGGACGAAGGCUUGUGGCGCUCGAGCCGCUGCUUUGGCGCUGUCACUGCAGAGACCCGGCAGCGCCGAGCUCCGCACUCGUCUUUCACUGUCAGCGCCGUGGCGGAGCGCAGGGAAGUGAUUGGAUCACUCAAAAAUCACUACCUAUUCAGACAUAAAAACCAUCCAAGGCGGUCUCGAAGAAGUGCCAUUCAUAUCACUAAAAGACUUUCUGAUGAUGAGCGGGUGUCAUGGGCAGAACAGCAGUAUGAAAAAAAGCGAACUAAGCGCUCCACCCUGAGACACUCAGCAGAAAACUUUUUCAAUGAUCCUAUGUGGAAUCAGCAGUGGUAUCUGCAAGAUACAAGAGUAACUCCAUCACUGCCCAAAUUAGAUCUCCAUGUUAUCCCUGUGUGGCAAAAAGGGAUCACAGGAAAAGGUGUUGUCAUCACAGUACUAGAUGAUGGCUUGGAGUGGAAUCAUACUGACAUCUAUGAUAACUAUGAUCCAAAGGCAAGUUAUGAUUUCAAUGACAACGAUCAGGAUCCUUUUCCUAGAUAUGACCCAACAAAUGAAAACAAGCAUGGGACACGGUGUGCAGGAGAAAUUGCCAUGCAAGCCAACAAUAAAAAAUGUGGGGUUGGAGUAGCCUACAAUUCCAAAGUUGGAGGUAUACGUAUGCUGGAUGGAAUAGUCACCGAUGCCAUUGAAGCCAGUUCAAUUGGCUUCAAUCCCGAACAUGUCGAUAUUUACAGUGCAAGCUGGGGCCCUAAUGAUGAUGGUAAAACUGUAGAGGGACCUGGCAGACUGGCACAGAAGGCUUUUGAAUAUGGGAUAAAACAGGGCCGAAAUGGAAAAGGCUCCAUUUUUGUAUGGGCUUCUGGAAAUGGAGGUCGUCAGGGUGACAACUGUGACUGUGAUGGUUACACUGAUAGUAUCUACACCAUCUCCAUUAGCAGUGCUUCUCAGCAAGGCCUUUCUCCCUGGUAUGCAGAGAAGUGCUCGUCAACUCUGGCCACAGCGUACAGCAGUGGGGAUUAUACUGACCAAAGAAUUACAAGUGCUGAUCUUCACAAUGAAUGUACAGAGACUCACACUGGGACCUCUGCAUCUGCACCACUGGCAUCGUCCCACUUUCUUCCCCCUGAAUGCUGUGUAUUUAGAAGUGGCAGCAUAUUAGGCUUGGACUCCGCUUUUUGUCAGUCAGAUCUGUUCAGUCUGAUGACAGAAAUGAGGAGCUACUUGCCACAGUGCCUACUUAGUGAAGCAGGCCCAAAUCUAACCUGGAGGGAUAUGCAACACUUGGUAGUCUGGACCUCUGAGUAUGAUCCACUGGCUGGCAAUCCAGGAUGGAAAAAGAAUGGAGCUGGGCUCAUGGUAAACAGCCGAUUUGGGUUUGGAUUGCUUAAUGCCAACGCACUGGUGGAUUUAGCCGAUCCUAAGAGAUGGAAAGGUGUGCCGGAAAAGGAAGAGUGUAUUGUCAAAGACAAAAGCUUUGAACCGAGAUUAUUAAGAGCAAAUGGGGAGGUCAUCAUUGAAAUUCCCACCAAAGCCUGUGAAGGUCAAGAAAACUCCAUUGCGUCACUGGAGCAUGUGCAGCUUGAGGCAACAAUCGAGUAUUCCCGUAGGGGAGAUCUUCAUGUCACCCUGGAGUCUCCAUCAGGAACCAGCACUGUCUUACUGGCAGAGAGAGAGAGAGAUAAGUCUCCUAAUGGCUUUAAGAACUGGGACUUCAUGUCUGUUCACACAUGGGGAGAGAAUCCAACAGGCACCUGGGUAUUAAGAAUUACUGAUGUGUCCAGAAGAAUACAAAAUGAAGGGAGAAUUGUAAAUUGGAAACUGAUUUUGCAUGGCACGUCUACCCAGCCUGAGCACAUGAAGCAGCCACGUGUGUACACAUCCUACAAUGCUGUGCAAAAUGAUAGAAGGGGAGUGGAGAAGAUGACAGACCUUGUAGAGGAUCAUACCACAGUGGAGUACCUGAGCGAAAAUCCCAAAGUCACAGAAGGCACCAGUAGCAGCAGUGCCAAAGCAGAAGAUAAAAUUCCAUCCAAGGCCAUGCUGCACCUGCUGCAAAGUGCCUUUAGCAGGCAGAUGGCUCAGAAGCGCCUUCCCGAGAAGGCUGCAAGUGAGAAGUUAAAUAUUCCAUACGAACAGUUCUAUCAAGCCCUCGAAAAGUUAAACAAGCCUUUUCAGCUAAAAGACUCAGAAGAAAGUCUGUACAGUGACUACGUUGAUCUUUUUUAUAACGCCAAACCAUACAAGCAUAGAGAUGACAGACUGCUGCAGGCCUUGGUUGAUAUUUUGAAUGAAGGAAACUAAACUAUAGUGUAUGGCGCUGAGUUGGAAAUAUUCAUGCCCCCCACCCCACCUCCACAGUUUUUUUUCAGAAGUCUAUUGUAUGCUCUAGUUGUGUGAUUGCUGAUUUGAUUGCUUCAUAUUUAACAUGAAUAUCAGGAAGAGGACAAAAAUAGGUGUGGGAGGAUAAGGCAGUAAACUGAUGCUUUUUAGUAAUAGCUUUCUUCAAAGCCUUUAUUCAUUGCCAUCAGAAUACACUUGCCCCUUCAGGCAUGAAACACAACAGUAUUCCCCCAGGGAAAAAAAAAAAAAGCUCUAUUUUAAACAGUUUUCACAUUGCUUUUUCUUCCACCCUAUUCCCUUAGCAUGCAGUAAGAUUCAAAACCUGAGUUACCAAGCAGUUUUGAACUGAACAGCCAAAGCUAUAGGGAGAUACUCUCAUCUCUGGAUUUGUAAUAAAUAUUGCA